AUGGCGGAGCCGAAUCUUGGGCACGCGCGCGCGCAGAGCUUCGGACACCCAGCUGGCCGAUGGAGGCGGAAGUGGAAGCAGGAGCGACCAAGCGAGGAGCAAGCAAGAAGCGAAAGCGGGAGCGAGGCGGAAGUGGAAGCAGGAGGGACAAGAUGGAGGGACAAGUCCCUCUUCCCCUUGCCAUCUUCCAGCGCUCUUCUUCAACCUCUUCCGAUGAACACUUCCAUCGUCUCAUGGCUUGUUCUUGCUAUAUCCACCAUCUCCAUCUUCUCCGACGUUGCUGGGGCUUCAGCUCCAGCCCGGUGUCCUGGCAUCGACCAAAGAUCGCUCUUGCUCGAGCUGAGAGACAGCCUCGUCUUCAACGCCUCCGAGUCCUCCAAGCUAGUACGGUGGGACCGAAGCGCUGAUUCAUGGAGCGGCGUGACGUGUAAGGACGGGCUCGUCGUGGGACUCAAUUUGAGCAGUGAGUCGAUCUCUGGUGGAAUCAACGGUUCGUCGAGCCUCUUCGGGCUCGAAUUUGACGGGCAGAUUCCGGCGGAGCUAUCGCGCCUGACAAAGCUACGUACUCUUGAUCUCUCUGUUCUUUAUUGCUCUGGAUUGGAUUUGCUGUUCCUUGAGAAGCCCUCUUUGAGGUCGCUGAUUGGGGAUUUGGGGGAGCUGAGAGAGCUGUACCUUGAUGGGGUCAAUGUGUCUACCGAGGGAAGUGGGUGGUGCGACGAUUUGUCUUCUUCAGUGCCAAAACUUGAGGUGUUGAGCAUGUCGGGUUGUUCUCUGUCUGGUCCUAUUGACGCUUCUCUUACGAGUCUUGCUAAUCUGUCAGUCAUUCAACUCGAUAGCAACAACUUGUCCGCCACAGUUCCUAGUUUCUUAGCGAAUUUCUCUAGCUUGAAAACACUGAGCCUACGUGAUUGUGGCCUGCAGGGGGAAUUUCCUCCUGAAAUCUUCCAGGUACGAACACUUCAGAACCUUGAUGUAUCACUAAACGAACUUCUUCGGGGUUCUUUGCCAAUAUUUCCGGAGAAUAGUUCUCUUCAGACAAUGGUUCUGAGUGACACGAAUAUUUCCGGGAGGCUCCCAGAUUCAAUUGGUAAUCUCCGAAAUCUGUCCAGAAUAGAAUUGGUGGGUUGCAGCUUUGAUGGAAAUAUCCCAAGCUCUCUCACCAAUCUCUUGCGACUGUCUUAUUUGGUCUUGUCAUUCAACAAUUUCACGGGUUCUAUUCCAUCACUCAGCAAGGCCAAGAAACUGACACUUAUCAUUUUGUCCGACAACAGUCUAACUGGUCCGAUUGAUUCAACAGAAUGGGAAUCCCUCUCGAGUCUUCUUAGUCUCGACCUGACAUUCAAUUUACUUGAAGGAAAUAUUCCUUCAUCUCUGUUUACACAUCCAUCGAUUCAGGAGCUUCGACUUUCCGACAACCGAUUUUCUAGUCAAUUGAAGGGAUUUUUUAAUGCUCCAUCGCACAUGCUGAAAUCACUUGAUUUGAGCGACAACAAUAUAGGAGGAGAACUACCGGCGUCUAUAUGGGAACUCCGAGGGCUCGAGUACCUCUUUCUUUCUUCCAAUAAUUUUAGUGGCUCAUUCCACAUUAAUUUGGUUCAGCAGAUAAGAAAUCUUUCUUAUCUGGAUCUUUCCUACAAUCGUUUUUCCAUUGAUGCCACAAAUACUGCUUCCCAGGCCUCUUCAUUCCCUGACCUUCAAGACUUAAAUUUGGCUUCCUGCCAGUUGACGACAUUGCCUCAGUUUUUGGCUAACCAGUCCAAAUUGUUCUUCCUCGACCUCUCCCACAAUUAUAUAAAAGGGAAUAUACCGAGAUGGAUAUGGACAUUAGAAAAUCUUAUGCUUCUCAAUAUUUCCUCUAAUUUCUUUGAAGAUUUGGAAACACCUCUGGGCAAUCUUACAUUGAGUCUGACUUUCGUUGACCUCCAUUCAAACAUGCUCCGAGGAAAUAUGCUACCCCUGCCGUCAUCCGCUUACUUCUUGGAUUUCUCAAGUAACAACAUAACUUAUGUUAUUCUGGAUAACAUUGAUGACUACCUAUCAAACACAAUCUUCUUCUCCCUUUCGAAGAAUAAUUUCCAUGGGCCCAUCCCGAAGUCAAUUUGCAAAGCUGGUAUUCUUGAAGUGCUUGACUUAUCGCAUAACCAUCUGAACGGAACUAUUCCUGAUUGUUUAAUGAUGGCGUCCCUCACGGUAUUGAAUUUGAGAAAUAACCAGUUGAGUGGCGAUAUUCCGCAAAACAUCUCAGCAACAUGCAGUCUGAAGACAUUGGAUAUUAGUGAGAAUUUCCUGCAAGGCCAAAUUACGUUGUCGAUGGCAAAUUGCGCGACGUUGGAGAUUGUGAACAUUGGGGACAAUCAAAUAGAUGGGACAUUUCCAUGUCAUUUCAAUGCUAUGUCAAGUCUUCGUGUCCUUGUUUUACGAUCCAAUAAAUUGCACGGGGAAAUUGGAUGUACGCAUAGUCCCUGCACCUGGCAGAUGCUUCAAAUCAUUGACCUAUCUUUCAACAAUUUCAGCGGCACGCUGCCUGUGAGUCUCCUCGCAUCUUGGGAGGCUAUGAAGGCCAACGUAGACUUCAAUCACCUGCAAUAUGAGAUACACGUAAGGGGUGGGAUCUAUUAUGAAGAUACAAUGAGUGUAACCUUCAAAGGUCUGAAGCUAGAACUGGUCAAGAUUCUGACUAUUUUCACAUCGAUCGACUUCUCAGGCAAUAGAUUGGAGGGUCCAAUACCAGACAUGCUUGGAGAUCUCAAAGCACUUUAUUUCCUCAACCUAUCACAUAAUGCCAUCUCAGGUUCAAUUCCUCCUGUUUUAGGGAAUCUGGAUCAGCUGGAGUCGCUGGACCUGUCAUGGAACUACCUCAAUGGAAACAUACCGGCUCAACUUGAGAAUCUUGAUUUCCUUUCGUUCUUGAACCUCUCAAACAAUCAACUUGUGGGAAGCAUCCCGACAAGGGGACAGUUUCUCACGUUUUCCAAAAGUUCCUUCGAAGGAAACCUUGGAUUGUGCGGGCUUCAGCUCAACAAAAGUUGCUCAACUACAACGAAUGGGACAGAAGAAGUGGGUAGUGUUUCAACUCAAUGCAACACAGAUGAUGACGGCAACAAUGAUGAUAUCAAGAGGAAGUGGUUUUACAUGGGCAUACCGUUUGGAUUCGUGGUUGGCUUCUGGGUAUUUUGUGGUCCCAUAGUGUUUAUAAGAUCAUGGAGGUUUGCUUAUUAUCGAUUAUGGGAUAAAGUGUUGUUCGGACACUCACGUUCAUGA